AUGAACAGACUUAAAGUCAAUCAAAGCAAUGAAUCACCAAUUAUACUUUAAUUUCAGAAUCUUUAACCUAAUACUUAGUAUUUCUAUAUAUUUGAGUUCUAUGAUAUUGAGAACAUUACACCUGAAUAUCUGAAGACUGUGUACAACAAAGAAAAAGAUUACGAAUUUACAACUGAGUUUGAAUAACCAAUGUUUUCAUUCAAAACUUUUGGAUUGAUCGGACAACCGUACACUUUUAAUUUUAGUGCCUCAGGUUGUGCAAGAACUGCAUCAAUCAGUACUAUUUUUCUUGAUAUAUAUUAAAAUACCUAUCCCCAAUUCUUUUUCAUGCUAGGUGAUUUGCAUUACAGAGAUAUAAAUACCGAUUCUGUUGAUGAAUUUGACUUUGCUUAUAAGCAAGUCUUCGGUUCCACUACAUAGAGAUAUUUAUAUCAAUAAGUACCAAUCGAAUAUCAAUUUGAUGACCAUGAUUUUGGGAAAAAUGAUGCCGAUGGAAACAGUCCUACCAGAAAUACUGCCAAUUUAUUAUAUUGGAAAUACGUUCCUCAUGGGAAUCUACAUAAUUAUCGACCUCUAUUUCAAGACGAAGAGUUACCACAAUUCCCAUAAGAAGUGAAGAACAUAGAGGAAAUAAAUGAAGAAAAUAUUGGAUCCUAUAGAUAUCAAAUUAUUGGAAGAACCAUAAUAAUCACUGUUGAUUUAAGAACAUUUCAAAAUUUAGAAGUCUUAGGAGAUCAAUUUGGGAACUUCUCAAAUGCAAGGUCUAUUUUAGGAAAAUAAUAAAGAGAAUGGCUAAUAACAAUAUUAGAUAAAGUAGCUAUAACAGAUUGGAUUUAAGCAGUCAUUUUCAUAUCUUCUGUGAAUUUCCAUGGAGAAACAUGGGAUAUGUUUCCUCAUGAAUAACUAUUAAUAGCUGAUAAGUUAUAGAAUAUUCAGGAGGUUUUAGAGAAAUAAGUGUUGAUUGUCAGUAGUGAUUCUCAUAUGACUGCUAUGAAAAAUGGAUAUAAUUCUUAUAUUCAACAUCUAGGCCUCAAAUACAAGUAUGGACUCUAAGAAACAAUGUGUGGAUCGUUGGAUAAGUCAGGUUCUUGCAAGACUUAGCCAUUAACAUUUGGACCUUGGUUGGGGAAGAAUCACUACACCAAUAUUGAAAUUUAAGAUUCUCAAUUAAGAACCUGCAUAAUUAUUAGAGCUUUUGAAAAAAGUAGUCAGCUCUUCUUUUACAAUACGUGUGAUGAUAGGUUGAAAAGUCUUGAAGGUAAAGUGAAGUGUCCAUUUGAUGUUUUAAUGAGGGUUGUUUAUGUUAUUGCUUCGUUAUUAGUUUCUUUUGGCUUUUUAAUCAUUAUUUAUUUGAUUGUCAAGAAAUGCCAUAAAAAUAGUAUGAGAUACAGCUUAGUGAUGAGAGAAAAAUGA